AUGGUUCAUACACCAAGGAAAGAGACUAGAGAAAAUUGUCGUGCUACAUUUUCUGUGAAGUAUUGUCCUAAACGGGAUGCUUAUAUUGUGACUAAAUUUGUAAAGAAGCACAGCCACCGACUUGCUAACUCACGUGAGGUGCCUUUUCUUCGUUUGCACCGGUGUGUUAUGGAAUCUAACAUAGCACAAUCUAUGUCUAUGAGAAAAGCCUCUAUUAAAACCAAUCGGACAUACGACUAUAUGGUUGACCAAGCAGGUGGAUACAUAAAAGUGAGGUUCACCAGUAAGGAUUUAUAUAACAGGAUGGAUUUCGAGCAUCGACAAGUGGUAUUGAAUGGUGAUGCACAAGCAGCAAUAAGCUACAUGAAUUCCAAGGCAAUAGCGGACCCGGAAUUUUUUUGCAUGUUUAGUGUAGAUGAGGAGAAUAGAUUGGCAAAUUUGUUUUGGAGAGACUCUCAGUCUCUACAUGAUUAUUGUUGCUUUGGGGAUGUGGUGAUAUUUGAUAGCACGUACAAAACCAACGUAUAUGACAAGCCUUUAGUGGUGUUUGUUGGUGUAAACAACCAUAACGCGACUACAGUUUUUGGUUGUGCAUUUCUUGUUGAUGAGAUUGCUGAUAUAUAUCAUUGGGUACUCAGAACUUUUUUGACUUCUAUGAAGGACAAGAAGCCUAUAUCUAUUGUCACGGACGGGGAUGAGGCAAUGCGCAUAGCGAUUGAUGAAGUUUUUCCCGAUGCACAUCAUUGUUUAUGUACAUGGCACAUCAUGAGGAAUGUGAACACCAAUGUGAAUAACCCAUAA